AUGCACCCAGCAGGGUCAGUGGACGGUAGCUUCUCCCGCUCUGCUGUGCAGACCCUCUCCCGGAGCCACUGCCGCAACAUCAAACAGAAAAUCUCCCAGUGGGAGGGGAGGACACGAGGGUGCUCCAGCAAGGAGAAACAGGACUUCGGAGUUAAGUACGAUCCCAGCUGCGAUGUCCUGUCCAAAGUGAAGCCAGAACAUGCAGAGAAGAGCAGAAGGACUGGGUCCAAAGAUCCAAAGAGCCUGGGUUUGGACUUCAGGGAAGAUGCAGGGAGCUGCCUGCAGACUGAUGCCUGUGACGGCCUCCAGCCCUGUGCGUGCAGCGUAACUUCCCGAGCCAAGGAGAAGGGAGAGCGGCAAGCGGGCUUCCCGAACCCAGGGCCCACGCUGCCCCCAGGUAACUUCUAUACCUCACAAGCGCUGUGGAGGAGGGUAGAUCCCCCUCUGCCUGGCAAAGCCCCACCAGUUCCCUUGGACCUUCAGAGGACGCGAGGGAGCUGUGGCUCCACGCAAAGAGAACUUAAAGUCAAAGGAGUGGACUCUCUCUGCAGGGCAGAGAGGAGCUUGAAAAACAUUUACUGUGAGGCUGAGGGGCAGGAGGAGGAUCCAGCUGCUGCCCCACCACCCAAACCCCGUAGGACUUUCCGCUAUCUUGCAGAGAAGGGUGCCAGUAGCUGUAGCAAUGCCAGCACUACCAGGGAAGCUCCCCUGCAAAAGCAACGUGGAAGAGACUCAGUGUCAUCCUCCAACAAUCCUGAGAAGAGACUCGCCAGCAGGAGGAUCAGAGGGAGAGCCCAGAGGAAAUCUUUUGAGUUUGAGGACAUCCAGGGCUUCCGCAACCGGAUGGCAACCACCAGCUCCCACAGACUGCGAGAAGAGACAAACGGCACUGCAGGAUCCAGGCUCGUCUACACGCAGUCGGAAGACAACAUCUACGAGGACAUUAUCUGUCCUGCAAAAGAGAACCCCUAUGAAGAUAUCAGAGCACUGCCCUUACCCCUGUGGAAGGUCCCAUCUGUCUGGAAGCCACCACCCCCCCGGAGCACCAGCAGAGCUCCCAAGCCUCCCCCAAAACCUCCCUUCCUCAGUUGCAAGACUCUUGAGCUAAAGCCCUUCCAGUCAAGUUUCCAAGGGAAAAUGGUGAAGGACACAAGCCUGCCUGUCACACUGACCGAGUGGAAGCUGUUCCGAGCAGUAGAGGCUGCUAGCAGGAGAAAGAACUUGCCCUGGCUGGUACUGAAGAUCCAGGAGAUCUUUGAUUCAAAGCGUGGAAAGAAGAGGGUGAAGUUGCUCAGCCCUGCUGGGAGGGAAGCACCUGCAGUGAAAGGUGAAACCAGCGGGAACGAAAGCGAUACGGAAAAUCCACCAAAAAGUCAACACAGGCACCUGCUGCAGGUGCAGCCCACGUCCAAGAGGAACCCGCACUACCAGACCUUGGAGAGGGAUUUGAUAGAGCUCCAGGAGCAGCAGCUGUUUGAGCUGUUCGUGGUGGUGUCGCUGCACAAGAAGGCGUCUGAGGUGACGUACACACCGCAGAUCAUACAGCAGUUUCCCAGCAAGCCGGAACAUCCCUUCAGGCAGUCAAAGGAUACUGAAGAGAGGCUAAAGGUCAUUCCCAAAUUCUGCUUUCCCGAUCCCAAAGACUGGUUUCCUGCAUCAAACCUUAAAAGUGAAACAUUUUCUUUUGUGUUGACGGGCGAGGAUGGUGGCCGCUGGUUUGGGUACUGUAAGAAGCUCCUGCCAGAAGGGAAAGGGAAGCGCCUUCCCGAGGUGUACUGCAUCGUGAGCCGCCUGGGCUGCUUCAACCUCUUCUCCAAGAUUUUAGACGAAGUGGAGAAGAGGCGAGAGCUGUCCCCAGCCCUGGUGCACCCGUUCAUGCGUAGUGUGAUGGAGGCCCCUUUCCCAGCUCCUGGGCGCACAAUUGCUGUGAGGAGUUUCCUGCCGGGAGCAGGAGACGAGGUGAUGGAGCUCUGCCGUCCCUUGGAUUCUCGGCUCGAACACGUUGACUUCGAAUGCCUGUUCAAGUGUCUGAGCGUCUCUCACACGAUUCGGGUCUUUGCCUCUCUCCUGCUGGAAAGGAGAGUGAUCUUUGUUGCUGACAACUUAAGCACUUUGUCUAAAUGCGGCCAUGCCGCAGUUGCAACCCUCUAUCCCUUCACUUGGCAACACACCUACAUCCCAGUCCUGCCCACUUCUAUGAUUGAUAUUGCGUGCUCUCCGACCCCGUUCUUAAUUGGCAUUCUCUCCUGCUCGUUACCACAGCUCCGGGACCUGCCCAUAGAAGAGGUUCUGAUUGUUGAUCUUUGUGCUGACAAGUUCUUGCAAGAGGUGUCGGAUGAAGACGAGAUCCUGCCUCAUAAACUGCAGGCUGCGCUUGUACAAAUCUUGGAAGAACGAAGUGAAAUCCUAUCCCAUGAGCAGAGUGAUGCACAAGGUGACAUCCCUCUCAACUCCCUGGUCUCGGAAGCUUUUGUGCAGUUCUUUGUGGAGAUCGUUGGACACUACUCCCUGCACAUGAACGUCACGGAGAAGGGGGAGCGGGUGUUUCAGCGGGAGCUGUUCUGUAAAUCUCACGUGUCGCGCAACGUGCGCCAUUUCUUGCACUUCUUCAUGGAAACGCAGAUGUUUGCAGGGUUCAUUCAGGAUCGAGAGUUGAGCAAGAACGUGGUCAAAGGCCUUUUUGAGGCCCGUGCCUUGGAGUACUUGGAGCGAAUUCCAGAGACAGAACCAACUGGAGUGAACAAAAUCCUUCGCAGUCUUGGAAGCAAGAUGAAAUUUCUUCAGAAGAAAUGA